AAGGCUGAGUUGAGAUCCGCUGCUGGGAGACAUUACAAGAGGGCCUGAUCCCUGGGCAAAGUUGGAUGCAGGCGCCUCGGGGAGGGGAAGCUGCUGCUGCUGCUGCACGGUUCCAGCUGACACAUCUCGAGCCCGGCUGUGGCUGAGGAGAAGGAGGGGGGCAUGGCGGAGACCGGCUCGGUGCAUGAGACCAGGUUUGAGGCGGCCGUGAAGGUGAUUCAGAGCUUGCCCAAAAAUGGUUCAUUCCAGCCAACGAAUGAAAUGAUGCUCAAGUUCUAUAGCUUUUAUAAGCAAGCAACCCAAGGACCCUGUAACAGUCCAAGACCUGGAUUCUGGGAUCCUAUUGGUAGAUAUAAAUGGGAUGCUUGGAGUGCUUUGGGGGAUAUGCCCAAAGAAGAAGCCAUGAUAGCAUAUGUUGAAGAAAUGAAAAAGAUUCUUGAGAGUAUGCCAAUGACGGAGAAAGUUGAAGAAUUACUACAAGUGAUAGGCCCAUUCUAUGAAAUAGUAGAGGAUAAAAAGAACAGAGGAUCUGGCCUAACAUCAGGAUUUUUAUGACAACCCUGUGGCUAUACCAUGUAACCCAAGAAAGAAGUAUUUAUAUGGCGCUAAA